AGUUGAUCAGUGGGAUGGGGGGCAGGAGCCUGCGCAGUGACGCCGGGGCACAGUUGGGUGCAGCUCCACCACCAGAGAAGGAAGCGGAGUUUCCGGCUGUUUGCAGCGGAGGGAGAGGAUUGCUGACGCCGCGAAACCCCGAGAAAAACGCCGGCGGCUCGGGGGGGCUAACAGUUUCUAGUGUCGGUAGUGGUCCUUUUCUUUCAUAUCGGGAUAUCUGGGGGCUGGUGAAUUUUUUUACGAGCCGAGGGGGUCGGACAGCAAAGCGGCACAAGGCGGGGGUGAGCCACCAGCUACCGGCAUGGCCAGGGACUACGACUACCUCUUCAAGCUGCUCAUCAUCGGGGACAGCGGAGUGGGGAAGAGCAGUCUCCUCCUGCGAUUUGCAGACAACACGUUUUCAGGUAGCUAUAUCACCACGAUCGGAGUGGACUUUAAGAUCCGGACGGUGGAGAUCAAUGGGGAGAAGGUGAAGCUACAGAUCUGGGAUACAGCAGGGCAGGAGCGCUUCCGCACCAUCACCUCCACGUACUACCGGGGAACGCAUGGCGUCAUAGUGGUGUAUGACGUCACGAGUGCAGAGUCCUUCGUCAACGUCAAACGAUGGCUACAUGAAAUCAACCAGAACUGUGAUGACGUGUGCCGAAUAUUAGUGGGAAACAAAAACGACGACCCUAACUCCAAGGUGGUCGAGACGACUGACGCGCAGAAGUUUGCAGAGCAGAUGGGAAUCAACCUGUUUGAGACGAGUGCAAAAGAGAACAUCAACGUUGAAGAGAUGUUCAACUGCAUCACAGAGCUCGUGCUCAGAGCCAAGAAGGAGGUUCUGGCCAAGCAGCAGCAGCAGCAACAGAACGACGUCGUCAAACUCACCCGGAACAGUAAACGAAAGAAAAAGUGCUGCUAGCAACCGCCGCGAGCACGAGAGGCGGACGGCGUCUUCUCUCCACACGUGCAGAAACACAAGAGACUCAGAGCUUCUAAAUUAAAGAUUUAAUACGUAUACGGUGAAAAACAAAUAAAGAUAAAUAAAUGUCCCCUUUGGACAAACUAAUCAUGAAGACUUAAAAAUAAAAUAAAUAAAAGUGUACAGAUUUUAUUAGACGUCAAAUCAAGUUUUAUUUGGAGCAGACGUGAAGGAUUGACGUGAGGACGUGAGCGCCGCCAGCUGACGCCAUAACGCUCCGAUCUCUGCCCACAGCACGUUCAGCUGCUUCUCAUUCCACACGGGACAUCAGGACGACACGGAGGCUCCACCUUGUUCUGGAUUUAUCUCUUUGUUUCUAGUUUUAUUUUUUGGGGGGGGGGGGGGGUUGGGAGGGUGUGUUUGUUUUUGUUUUUGUUUUUGUUUUUUGAACGGGCGUCAGAGUGGAGUCUCACCUCCUCGCCACAGUCCCGUGUCACCGCGCACGCCAAGAGAUCACAAACUGCUAGAUUUAGUUCUGUUUGACAUGUUGGGGGGGGGGGAGUGACUCUGAUGAUGAUGAUGAUGAUGAUGAUGAUGAUGAUGAAGAUGAUUAGUAGACGACCUUUAGAAACCGAUCCGACGGACAGAACUGGUGACUUCUCGUGUUUUUUCUUUGUCGAUAUUUUGCCAAGCUUCCCGCCCUCUGACCCCCCCCCCCCGUAGUGCUGAGCCAACAUUUCUAUUGUUUCUUCUUCUUCUUUAAGUGCGAGCCGUUGAAGCGCUCCUGGAGCUCCGGGACGACUGAACGCAGCGUUCACUGCGGUCUCACGACGCUUUUAAAUCUUUUUGAAAACAAUGAAACUGCCAACGUAGAGAAUAUUAGGGUUCAUCUGGACUGGUGCCAUACGGGUGGCCCCGUGAGGCGGGGGUCUGAAGUGCUCAGGGCUGCCCUCCCUCCCACUCCCUAUUCCCCUUCUGCAGCCACUGCCCCCCCCUACACACACACACACACAUAUCAGCCCCUCCUGCGUUCGGUCCAUCAGAGGGGCAGGAGGGGGGACUCUGACGGGGGGGGGGGGGGGGGUAACUGUUUCCUCUCGACUUGCAGAAUAUUCUCAACAUUCGUUGUUUUUCUUUUUCUUCAAUGGAAGUUACCGGACAGUGUUUUAAAACCUCCACGACGAGUGUGGCCGACGGGCCCGAUGAAGGAAGAAGCCCCAGAAUGACCGUGUGUGUCAGUUGCUGAUCUCAGCGCGCCCCCCCCCCCCCCCUGUCCAUUGUUGCUCUAAUUGGUCUUAAAUUUCGUCUUUUUAUGCAUUUGUUUGAUUCUGAAUUAGUUAUUUUGAAGAAACUGACGAGCACAUCUGCAGAGCGCUCAAAGUGUUUUAAACUUCUCUCAUUAGUCGACUAAAUGCAUCGUCAGCCGGAUAAAGUUUAUUCUCCAGUGGGGGGGGGGGGGGGGUUUGUAAACGGAGGUUAAUUCACUUCAACUCAAGACUUUUCUACCUUUUCUUUUAUUCUUCGUUCACUUUGGAGGCCGGAGUUCAAAGGAACACGAGGAGUUGAUGAACGGUCAGUUGUGUGGGUGAAUAUUCCUUUAAUGUAAGAUCAUCACCUCCAGGUCUGUGCACCUCCAGGUCUGUGCACCUCCAGGUCUGUGCACCUCCAGGUCUGUGCACCUCCAGGUCUGUGCACUGUGACAUCUUUACUUCGAGCUUGUCUGCGCUCCUGCAGGACACCGCUUCACACUCCUGACCCGUGUUGAGGACGAGGAACGAUAUCAGAUCACACACUUUGAUUUGUAGUUGAUACGUGUAUGUGUAUAUAUAAAUAUAUUUGUGUGUUUAUAUUCAGUAUAGAACAUACACACAUAGUUGGCACACCAACUGCAUGUGUUGAACAUGCCCUGUGUGCUUUGGUUGAAACACCGUCAGCUGGUUUGCUGUACACUGGAGAAGAAGAUGUACUAUUCAUUUUUCCCUACAUGAAUUUAAUCAGUAAUAAACGAUUUAAAGGAAUAAAUAUUUGACACCUUGA